AUGUCCAAGACUACACUCGCUAUCAUCGCCGCUGCCUCUGCAGCCUCAGGCGCAGCUAUAACAGCCACGAUUUUUUCGGGCAGAAAUCGAAAGCCGAAUCCAACGCCUACAUCAGCACCUUUCCCAUCUUCAACUACUUCAGCACCCCUACCUUCCCAGGUUCACCAUCUCAAAGAACUCAUACCUCCCGUCAACCCCAAUGGCCUAUUUCAAUACGGCUUUCCCGGCCCCGUAAAUGACCUUCACCCAACCCUCAGUACAACCUCCGCCUUCGAUCGACGUACGCGCAACCCAAUCUGGGUCGCCGAGCAUAUCACUCCUGCCUCAAUAUCUGCCAACAAUGCGGACAGAAAACACAGCAUCUUUGAGGAAGACCUCACGAUCCCUGAAAAGUUUCGCGCGAAAUUGAAAGACUACUACCGGUCAGGCUACGAUCGCGGCCACCAAGUACCAGCCGCGGACGCAAAAUGGAGCCAGAGCGCGCUCGAUCAGACGUUCUUAUUGUCGAACAUGUGCCCACAGGUUGGGGACGGCUUCAACAGGGACUACUGGGCACAUUUCGAGGAUUUUUGCCGCAGACUGACGAACAAUUACCCUUCCGUCCGAAUCGUCACGGGCCCGCUUUACCUCCCUAAACGAGAUCCGGAUGAUGGUAAAUGGCGCGUCUCGUACGAAGUCAUAGGAUCACCGCCAAAUGUCGCAGUCCCCACGCACUUUUACAAAGUAAUCUUCGCUGAGGAUGGGAAGCCGGGGGGGAACGUGAGCCUUGGGGCUUUUGUGCUGCCAAAUGCGCGAAUCGAUAGUGAGAAGCCUCUCAAAGACUUUGAAGUGCCGAUUGAUGCGAUUGAGAGGGCUGCUGGGCUGGACUUUGCCACGGAGCUGCCUGCUACGCGGAGAAGAAGAUUGUGUGAGGAGGUGCGUUGCUCGAUCAUUGUCAGGGAGUAUAUGGAUCGGCACAAGGACUUGAUGGGGACAAGUCCGGGUAAGAAGGUCUUGCCGGCGUCGAGAUGA